AUUCACCCGCCGCCCGAAAACCCUAGCGCCAAGCUUCCCUGCCGCGGCGGCCGCCUCCUCCCUGCGCCUCCAAGCCGACCAACCCGCCGAGCAAAAAUGAGUCAGGAGACGGUGAACCCCAAGGCCUACCCGCUGGCCGACUCGCAGCUGACGAUGACGAUCCUCGACCUCGUCCAGCAGGCCGCCAACUACAAGCAGCUCAAGAAGGGCGCCAACGAAGCGACCAAGACCCUUAACAGGGGAAUUUCAGAGUUCGUGGUGAUGGCAGCUGACACGGAGCCGCUCGAGAUCCUCCUCCACCUCCCGUUGCUCGCCGAGGACAAGAAUGUGCCAUAUGUCUUCGUCCCUUCAAAGCAAGCCCUUGGGCGUGCUUGCGGAGUGACCAGGCCUGUCAUUGCCUGUUCAGUGACUAGCAACGAGGGUAGCCAGCUGAAGCUGCCGAUUCAGAAUCUCAAGGAUGCCAUCGAGAAGCUUCUCAUAUGAUGAUUUAUCAAGACCUUUCAGUGUGAUGGGCCUCAGUGCGACACAGUUUUCAGAGGCUUGGACUGGUGAUGAUGGUGUCUUUGUCUACUACUAGGUCUUUGUGCUUUUUCAGCUAUGUUUUACAAGACAGUUAUGUUAAAUCAUUCUGCCAUUACGUUGUCAUCUUAUACUAUUUGUGACUUGUGUAAUUCAUAAGACGCAUGUAUCAUCAUGGCAGUUGAAUUUUAUCCCAGACUCGGCAAAUGAUGUUGUAAUGGCUAAUGGUUUAUGGUUUGAGAAUUGGGAGCUA